AUGGUGAUCCAGGGAUCGGGGCUGUACACACCCCUAGCAGCAGCAACAGCAGCAGCAACAGCAACAGCUGGUUGGGGACCGGUUGCUGGCAUCAGCUGCAGCAGCAAUAUUAGCAACAUUAAUAGCAGCAGCAGCAACAGCAGCAGCAACAGCAGCAGCAGCGCUAGGCAAGAGCGAGGCAGCAAGAACGGCCGAAUUAUCCUUAGCCCUUGCAGCAGCAGCAGCAACAACAACAACAGCAGCAGCAGCAGCGUAAUUGAUAUUAUACUGCAGCAGCAGUCCCUGCAGCAGCAGCAGCAGGAGCAGCAGCAGCAGCAACAACAGGAGCAGCAGUGGUCACCCCUCCAUCCUCCGUUACCCUUUCUCCUCCUUCUUCUUCCUCAACAGCAGCAGCAACAGCAGCAGCAGCAGCAGCAGCAGCAACAGCAGCUGCAGCAGGAGGAGGAAAUGGUUAUGUACAUCCAGGUUUUGCUGCAGCAGCAGCAGCAAGAGCAUCAAUUGCUGCACUAA